AUGAAUUCCCAACGAAAGCUUCUUCUAUCUGGAUUGUUUUCUCUUGGGGGAGUUUUAAUCCGCCACUUCCGGAAAGACUCACAGAAGAGUAGCUCUGAAGUACAUCUAAAGCCCUCCGAAUCGGAGCACCGCUCGAUAGACAAGGUCCAUCACGUUCAUAAUGAGAACACGACGUCGGGCUACGUGAUGGGUGAUCUGGGCUCGGUGCACGUGCAGAAAGAUUUCAGAGUAAAUUGGGACAGGGAAUCACAGUCAUAUUCUGAAUCUACUGGCUGA